GCGGAAAGCCUGGUAGUUGCUCUCCACAGAGUUCGUGGGAACUCCCAUUCUCGCUUAUCUGAUGACUGUCAGCAGUUCGUUAAGGGGGAAAGUGUUGUGUGCGGAAGGUGUGGGAUGUCUUCUUAGUUGGUAGGUCAUUACCUGUGUCACUGGCUUUGUCAGGACAUAUGUUUUGUGUUCUAUAUAGUACUAGGGUGGCUUUUGAAGAUACGACACUCAACAGUUUACGUGCUAUGGAACCCAACCACAGUGCAAAUGCAUACCUGCAAAUUGUCAAAAAAGAAUACAAAAAUGCCUUUACUUUGAUUAACCAAGGACUUGCUGCAGAUGAAGCUGGCCAGAGAGACCUCGCUCUGAGAUGCUAUAAGCUGGGUCAUGGCCAUUUACUUCAAGGACUUAGUGUUUCAUCACAGGACCCAGAAUGCAGAGGGGCUCAGUGGGAUUCUGUGAGACAAAUGCAGGGAAAAAUGCAAGAGACAUUAAAUAAUGUUGAAAUUAGACUAAAUAUCAUGGAACGAAAUGCACCAUCCAGAAGCCAUAAUUCUUCUUCAGGGAAUGGGUUACCUAGAGAUCUUUCUGAACAGCCUCCAUUGUAUCCUUUACUACCUCCAAGUGUAGUGCAGAAUUUACCACCUAAUCCACAGAAUCCUUCGUCAGAAAGUGCAUUACCCAGAAACAAGUCUGAAGGGUCUCAGCUGUAUCCAUCUUUUCCACAAAAAGAGAAGCCAGAAAGACCACCUCCAUUUCCAAGUAACAUGCCUAAUCCUGAGCUGCAGUCAGGACAUGUGAGCCCACCUGUCUCGGGUAGUGGUACUUUUGCAUCAGCCUCUCCAUUAUCACCAGGAUCCCCUGUCAUAGGGACUGAGCAGCCUCCUGCCUACACACCUGAGGCAGUCAAUGGGCAUUAUACUUUAUCAUAUGGUACAGAGUCUGGAGAAUUUUCUCUUGUUGGUGAUGACUUCUACAGCCAAGGCAUUCAGCCACCUCCUGUCCAGAGUCUUGGAGUAGAUGCAGAGGAAUUACUUCUUAUCCCCCAUGGAGUGCAGUUAUUCUAUGUCACGCCAGAUGGGCAGGUUAGUGCCCCAUCCUAUCCUGGGUACCUCCGCAUUGUGAAAUUUACAGACACAGAUGGCACAGUGGUCCAGGGAAGACCUCCAGCUUUUCUUCAGGUUUGUGACUGGCUGUAUCCACUAAUGUCUAACCAGUCCCCAGUCCUUCUCUGCAACACCGGAGUCUUCAUGUUCCCGGAUGUCAUGUCACAGGUUCAAGGAUCAUUUGUUGGAGUUGUGCUUUCAUCAGGUCUGGCAGAGGCAGAUAGAGAACUCUUUCAGGAUCUCCUUAGACAAAUGACAGACUUAAGAGUUCAGCCCCCUGAGGCACCAGAUGAAACUUCUGAACUAAGUCGUCGAGUUCCUGUCCAUCCUGAUGCUGAAGCCAAACAACCAGAGGUACCCCAGUGGAGUGAGAAAGUUGCACAUGGAAUUCUUUCAGGUGCUUCUUGGCUAAGUUGGGGCCUAGUUAAAGGAGCUGAAUAUACUGGGAAAGCUAUUCAUUUGGGAGCCUCAAAACUAAGAGAACAUAUACAUCCUGAGGACAAGCCUGUGGCAGUCAGCCCAGCAGUCGCAAAGGGGCUUCAUGUGGCAAAGCAAGCAACGGGUGGAGCUGUGAAAGUUAGCCAGUUUUUAGUUGAUGGUGUAUGUUGUAUAGCUAGCAAAGCUGGAAAGGAGCUGGCACCGCAUGUGAAAAAGCAUGGAAGUAAAUUAGUUCCUGACUCUAUCAAAAAAGACAAAGAUGGAAAAUCCACAUUCGAUGGUGCCCUAGCAGUAGCAGCAAGUGGUGUUCAGGGCUUUUCAACAGUUUGGCAAGGUUUGGAAUGUGCAGCAAAGAGCAUCGCUAAAAGUGUUGCAUCAGAGACUGUGAAAACAGUAAAACACAAGUAUGGGACUGAUGCUGGCCAAGCAACAGACAGUGCAGUGAAUUCUGCCAUCAAUGUAGGCGUGACAGCAUUUAACAUAGACAACCUAGGCAUCAAGGCUGUGGUAAAACGAACUGCAAAGGAGACAAGCCGCGCUGUCUUGGAUGACUAUAACCUCACAGAGAAGCCACAGGAGAAAAAAGGACUAUAGUUUUCAAUGAAUGUUAAUGCCUGUAAGGUUUAUGUUGAUGCAUGUGUACUGAAGAAAUUAUAUUCUGUAAGGUUGAAUAUUCUGCUUGGAGACCACUCUGGGAAUACAUUUGUUUAGGUAUGGACAUACACCAUCUAAAACUUUUUUGUUGAGUAGAUAUGUGAAGAAAGUAUGUGCAAAACUUCAGAAAUAAAAUGACUGCAAUUUUGUUUUGCCUAGAAGUAAUCAUACAGUGCUAAGGCACAGAAAAAGUUCUUGCUUCUGUUAAAGCUACAUUUAUCACUGUGUUACCUUCAUGCUUAUAUAUUUAUUUAAAUGAUCUAAUAAGAGUAUAAACAAAACUGCUGGGUUAUAAUAUGCCACCAGACUAGUGUGUCUUGUUUAUUUAAAACUGUUGUGAAAUUAAUCUACAAGGUGGAAAUCUAGUUUGAAAAGGUUACUAAUCCAGUUCUGUUAAACCCGUGUGUGUAAGCCACAUACAAUGCACUGUGAAGUGAUGCAUUUAAACAGUAAAACAAGCUACUAUGUAUAGAAUAUGUAAAAAAAAACGUAGACUGCAUUGUAUAGUUAUCUGCUGAACAACUAUAGUUUCUUUUGUAUCAGUUACUGCCAACACAACAUGUUUGUAAAGAGGUUUUGAAAGGUUAACUCAAAGUAUAAUCAGUUUAACUUAAGAGGCUUUCUCUUCAUAAUGGAAUGUGCUUACAGUAAAAUAUGAUGCAUAUAAAUUCUUAUGCAAAUGAAAACUAUUGGGAUCUUAAUAGUAUUUACAAAUCUUAAUUUUGAAUUUACUCUAUAAAAGUAUAUAUUAAAUACACUGUAAUUUUAAUAUAUUGAUAAUGACAAAACAUAGUUUUCUAUCUAGCUUGUCCCUUUAUUUUAUAUACUUCAUGACUGUAUGCAGUAUCACAGGCUAAAUGCUAUAUUUUCUCACAGAAAGUACAUGCUAUCCUUAAUUAUUUAAAAAAUAAAUUUAAAGGCUUUGUAGUA